AUGGCUCGCUACCACAUCAAAAAUGCCAUGGUGGUCACGAUGGACGAAAAGCUGGGAGUGCUGUACGACUGCGACGUGCUCAUAGAGGAAGGCGCGAUCAAGGCGGUCGGCUCAAAAUUGGACGGAUCUGGAGCUGAGGUGAUUGAUGGCAGUGAUUGCAUAGUCUCACCUGGCUUCGUUGACACGCAUCGUCAUAUGUGGCAGACGCAGCUUGCUGGGCUGAUGUCGGACCACACCCUGCUUGAAUACUUUGGCCACGUACGAUCUGUAUACGGAAGCUGUUAUACCGCUCGCGACGCCUACCUUGGGAACUAUGUAGGCGCCCUACAAUGCUUAGACAACGGGACGACCUUCAUCAUCGACCACUCGCACAUCAUGAACUCAGCGAACCACUCUGACUCGGCGGUCCAAGGCCUGCUCGACUCGCAUAUUCGCGGUGUCUUCUGCUACGGGUUCUUCAUCAACAACGUACCUGUCUGGCGAGAAGACGACACCGGCAUCCAACCACCAAGCGAUCCAGACUGGCGACUCGCUGACUCAAAACGCGUGAAGGACAAGUUCUUCGCGAAGAAUGGCCCGUCAGAAGUCCUUCGCUUCGGCAUCGCUCCAUUCGAGCUGGAGGUCCAACCAAUCGAGCAAGCUGUACGGGAGAUAGAACAUGCACGGUCGAUCGAAGCUGCCACAAUUACUGGUCACGCUGCUCUGGGCAAGCACGACUUUGGUGUGCAGAUCGUUGAGAAGCUGAAGCAGAAGAAUCUGCUCAAAUCCGAUAUGCUUUUCAGUCACACCGCAGCGUUGACUCCGUCUGAGUAUGCUGCCGUCAAGGAGUGCGACUGUGGUCUCGCGGUCACACCCGAUACAGAACUACAGAUGGCAAUGGGCCCGCCCGGAGCCUUCAAGGCACGCUCGCACGGCGUUUCGCGGGUCGGUCUCGGUACCGAUGUAUCAUGCUCAAACCCCCCAGACAUGUUCACACAGAUGCGCCUUCUGCUGCAAUCAGAGCGCCAGACACGAUCUCUCCUUCACGAGAAUGGCCCGCCUCGAGAGGUCCCCAUCAAGUGCAAAGAAGUCCUAGAGUUCGCCACGAUAGGCGGUGCACGUGCUGCUGGCAGGGAGAAAUACAUUGGAAGCAUCACGCCAGGCAAGCGAGCGGAUCUGAUUAUCACGAGCUGCAAGUCUACGAGGAUGUCGCCUGUCAGCGAUCCGAUUGCGGCGCUGGUGAUGUACGCGAAUGCGAGUGAUGUUGAUACUGUGAUGGUGGAUGGGAGGAUCCUGAAGCGAGGUGGUGAGCUUGUUGGUGUGGAUUGGCUGGAGACCAGAAAAGAACUGCUUGCGAGUACGAAGGCGAUCAGAGAACGGGCGAAGGAUGCGCCGUUUGACGCGAUCAUGGAGCAUGUGUAUGGCUGA